AUGAGGUUGAUUUUGAAGAUUAUACCAGAAGAAAGGAAGACAGGAUGUUCAUUUUUCGACCCUAUGUUCUUCAUAUCAUAUAUGGAUGCAGUUAAAAAGGCAAAGAAAAAAGAUUCUACAGCAAUUGAGAAAAGCAAUGUGUGGAAGUGGAUAAAGAAGCAAAAGAUAUUUGCUUGCAGAUAUGUUUUUGUUCCCAUCUGCCAAAGAUUUGUGUACCAAAUGUAUAAGAAUGAGUCAGUACAAGGAACUGAUGAUGUUUUCCAGUUCAAUUUGAGUAUUCCAAUGGUUCCUCAACAGGAUGACGGUGAAAAAUGUGGAUACUAUGUUCUUUACUAUAUGUUCAAGUUUUUGAUGUCUUGUCCAGAAAACUUCAACAUUAAUGAGCAUGGUGGCUUUAUGAAUAGCAGUUGGUUCACGGAGGAAGAGAUGAACAACUUUUUCAACAAUCUAUCAUCAGAGAAAUUGCAUACUGACCAAAUGCAAGCUUCAGAAGACAUUAUUGUGGUCAAGGAAAAGAGUAUGCAAAAUUCAAUCUCAUUAAUUUAG